UUAUAAGUUAGGAAUUUUGAUAGUGAGCAGACAAAAUAUGAGGACUGCAUGGCAGAAAAGGAAAUGGCACAACUGAGUUAAUGAGUGUUUUGGAAACUGCUGUUGUGUAAUCCUAAGGAAGUCUUACAGCUCGUUUGGGGCUAUAAAUACAGAGAGAUGGAAGUUUAAAGCAAUCCAAGUUUUUCUGGCAGCACAUCCGACCCAACGUUAAGAAGAGCCACUGGUGAAAGAAUCAGCAAGAAACAACACAAGAAUGAACUGCAAGACCGCUGUCAUUGUUGGGGUACUCCUCCUGUGCUGUGUGACUGCGCUGGAAGCCAUUUCCUUAUCCAGGAUGGAGCUGAGGUGCCAGUGUAUAAAUAAAGAAUCACGAUUCAUCCAUCCAAAGAAUAUGAAAAGCGUGGAACUCAUUCCUAGUGGUCCACACUGCAAAGAGUUGGAAGUCAUCAUAACAAUGAAUAGUGGUAACCAAGUCUGUGUCGAUCCAAAUGUCCCCUGGGUAAAGCAGAUCAUCAAGAGAAUUUUGGAAAGUUCCAAAACAACUCCUCCUCCAGCUUUGUGAAGGAUGAUAAAGUUGAAAUCCACAAUGCAUAGCACUUAAAGAAGUACAGUGAAGAUGUUCAAGCUUAUUUAACUCUUUUUUAUUUAAUAUAUAUAAUUAUGGAAUUGACUCUCUUAAUUAUUUAUAUAUUUAUUUAACAAGACAAUCAUUUGCACAUUUGAAAAUAAUAUUUAAGUAUGAAUGGCUGAUACCAGAGUAUGAGACACAAAAAGGCUGUGGCUAGAAUUAAAUGGUGGGUCUUCCGUAGUUUGAAGAGGGGAAGAUGCCUUCAUUUUUUUCAAAAUUUGCAAAUUUUAAGCUAAAUAAAUUUUGGAAAAGUAUAUAAAGCUCAGGGAUUCAUGUUAAACAUGUUUUGACUUGAACUGUUACUGGUUUAUUUAAUGUAUUCAGGUCAAGAAGGCAUUUAAACUUUGCUUUUAGCUAGUUCCAAAGAAAUGAAAGGAGGCCGUUUCUAAAAGCAAAUAGAAGACUGUGAUUAUUAUGGCCAGUUUCCUAUUCACUGAAACCCAUCUACUGGAGUUGUUACCACCUUACCUUAAUUGGAAUGCUAUGAGGGAUACUGUAUCAUAAUUUGUGCUACACAACUCUGAAUAGUGGCCUAUUUGUGUGUGUGUGUGUGUGUGUGUGUGUGUGUGUGUGUGUGUGUGUGUGUGUGUGUAUGUGUGCGUGCACAUUUUAUAUAAUUCAGCAUUUUACAGUUAUGAUAACAGUAGCAAAAAUUUGCAAGAGGCAUUCCGCUUUUGUCUUCUAAAAGUGCGAUAUACAUGUAUGCAAGUGUGUGGUGUUAUCCUUCUGAAUGAUAAAAGAAGUGGAUGGUUUAUGAAUCUGAAAGGACUCCUACCUGUUGUAGGGAUUUAUCAUAAGCUCUAAACAAUAAUUAUUUGUCAUGUUUAAAUUAUGUUACUGUUGUUGUUUUUGCUAUUGGCAUAUUAUUUUUGUUUGGAAAUAUCACUAUGUAAAUUAACAUAAAUAUUUGAUAAUUUAUUUAUUUUACUUUUCUAGGCAAAUGGAAGGGUCUUUUUUAAUGAUUCUUUUUCAGUCAAAUAUGAGAUAAAAGCUUGUCAAGAUAGUAACUGUUUUCCUGCUUUAAUGAAAGAAGCAGAUGUGGUCAGCAUCUUGUUGAUACAGUAUUUAGGAGCUAAAAUCCUAGUCAUGAAACAUUCCAUCUUCACGUGUUUAAAACAUAAUGCAGUUCACGUGUUUAAAACAUAAUGCAGUAAUAACAGUCAAUGAAUGCAUGGGGAAGCAGGUGUAAGACUGAAAAACUUAUAGUAAGAAACAAAACUCGAAGUCUGAGGUGAUAUUCUAUUUCAUCAUCCUAACGGAAUCCCCUUUUAAUACAGCUAGCUGAUUCAAAGCAGCAGUUAAUCUUACAAUAAGUAACAUUUAGAGACACAUUUGAUGCAUACAUUUCCCUUCUGGCUGAUGUGAAGUUUGGAAAGUGUUUCAGAAAACUAUGACUGUGAAGUUUCACUUUUAGAGGGAUGAUUGUUUUAAUAGUGCACUUUGUAGUUGUCAGUAUAUGAUCUCAGUCUUACUGGGAGAAAACUGUAAUGCCAAAUUUAGGUGGAAAUAUAAGCUAAAUGUUCAUUAAAGAACUAUCUUGUUAUUUUUUUAUUUUUAAAUAGCAUGUUUCAUUUUAUCAGUUGAAAUCAAUCCAGUGUAUUUUUUCCUCUGUCAUCAUGAAUUUAUUUAUUUGAUGUAUUUCAAGACUGUUAUUUAAUUGUUUUUGACGUUAUUUGAAUUAAAUGAUGGAUGGAUUUUUUUG